CCCUCCCCUUCCUCCUCUCUCCAACCUACUCUAAAUAGACCACGUGGUUUCCUCUUUGAAAAAAAAAACACAAAAAAGAAAAGAAAAAAACAUGAAUUGGAGUCGGUGGAGGGGCGGCGUCACCCCUCCGCUGGCAGCAGGCGGAUCGCUGAAAGAGGGAAGGGUAGAGAGCUAGAGAGAGAGGCGGAGAGAGAGGAAAACAUUUCUCCCGACUUGAUCCCGCCAUAGUUUUCCCACUCUUCCACCAUAGACCCAUCGUCAAACCCAGCCAGUACAACCCACCUCCUCCACAGUGCGGUAGUGAGGCUAUAGGCUGCUGUUUAUUCGUCUGUUGGGGCCGGCUUCAAGUCAGGGGAUUUCAUUUCUUCUCCUGCUCCACUUAUUCAACUGGAUUUACAGCUAAAUUCAAUGCCAUCUGUUUUUACACUUUUGAAAUCUCAUUUUUAGUUAACUGUCGACAAUUAAUAUUUGUCCCGUUUUGUAUUCCCUUUUAAGUCUUUUUUUCUUUUUAGACAGUGUUUCGAUUUAACGUGAUUUCCACUUUCAGUGGGGCAAGUGUGACAAAAUCUUGUUGCGCUAUUAGCGAAUUCGGCAGAGAAACUUUUUUGCUGGCUUCAAUUAUAGUUAUUCCGGGGUUGUCUUUUUCGGUCUUGGACUUGGAAAAACAAUUUCCACCAUGCACAAGCUAUACAUUGGGAAUCUAGGCGACAGCGUGACUGCCGAAGACUUAGGAAAAACCUUUGACGACCACAAGAUCCCAUACUCCGGACAGUUUCUAAUGAAAACCGGCUAUGCGUUUGUGGAUUGUCCGGACGAUCACUGGGCCAUGAAGGCAAUCGAGACGUUUUCUGGUAAAGUGGAACUUCAGGGGAAACGCAUUGAGGUCGAGCACUCCGUCCCCAAGAAGCAAAGGACCAGGAAACUGCAGAUCAGAAACAUUCCACCUCACCUACAAUGGGAGGUGCUGGACGGUCUGCUGGCCCAGUGUGGAACUGUAGAGAACUGUGAACAAGUGAACACAGACAGUGAGACUGCAGUGGUUAAUGUCACAUAUGCAUCCCGGGAGCAUGCAAGGCAAGCCAUCCAGAAGCUGAAUGGAUACCAGUUUGAGAACAAUGCCCUGCGCGUCUCCUACAUCCCCGAUGACAUCUCUGAGCUGGAGGGAGGCCAGCGGGGUCCUGACAAUGGCCGGCGCCCUGGUUAUGGGCCUCGUGGUGGGCCCCGUGGUGGGUCCCCGAGCUCAGGGAUGCCUGCCAAACCUCCACAUGCUGACAUCCCUCUGAGACUGCUGGUACCCACACAGUAUGUUGGAGCAAUCAUCGGCAAAGAGGGAGCAACCAUUCGCAACAUCACCAAGCAGACACAGAGCAAGAUCGAUGUACACCGCAAAGAGAAUGCAGGUGCUGCUGAGAAGCCAAUCAGCAUCCACUCCACCCCUGAGGGCUGCUCAGCUGCUUGCCGCAUGAUCCUGGACAUCAUGCACCAGGAGGCUAAAGACACCAAGACUGCUGAAGAAGUUCCUCUGAAGAUUCUAGCUCACAACAACUUUGUUGGGCGCCUGAUUGGGAAGGAGGGACGCAACCUGAAAAAAGUCGAGCAGGACACGGACACCAAGAUCACCAUCUCCCCUCUCCAGGACCUGACGCUAUACAAUCCAGAGAGAACCAUCACAGUUAAAGGCUCUAUUGAAGCCUGCUGUCAGGCUGAAGUGGAGAUCAUGAAGAAGGUCAGAGAGGCCUAUGAGAAUGACAUUGCUGCUAUGAAUCAACAGACCCACCUGAUCCCUGGGCUCAACCUGGGUGCCCUGGGCCUCUUCCCCUCCUCUUCCAAUAUGCCCCCACCUCCACCUGGAAAUGCUGUCAGUGGUGCCCCCUAUGGCUGCUUUGGGGCUCCAGAGCAGGAGACAGUGCAUGUAUACAUCCCAGCACAGGCAGUGGGAGCUAUCAUUGGAAAGAAGGGACAGCACAUCAAACAGCUGAGCCGCUUCGCUGGGGCCUCCAUCAAGAUCGCCCCAGCUGAAACUCCAGACUCUAAAAUGAGGAUGGUGAUUGUGACAGGACCCCCUGAGGCUCAAUUUAAGGCUCAGGGCAGAAUCUACGGCAAACUGAAGGAGGAAAACUUCUUUGGGCCAAAGGAGGAGGUCAAACUUGAGACUCACAUCAAAAUGGCUGCAGCUGCUGCAGGAAGAGUCAUUGGAAAAGGAGGCAAGACGGUGAAUGAGCUGCAAAACCUGACAGCAGCUGAGGUGGUGGUCCCCAGGGAACAGACACCUGAUGAAAAUGACCAGGUCAUUGUCAAGAUCAAUGGACAUUUCUACGCUAGCCAGUUGGCUCAGAGGAAAAUCCGGGACAUCCUGACCCAGGUCAAACAACCACAGAAGGGUGGAACGGGCAUGAGCCCUGGCCCUCAUCCACAGGGCUUCACAGAGAUGGGCAGUCCUACACAGGGUCUCACUCAGGACCACCAGCCACGCAGGAAGUGAGGGUCCCCACACCCUCGUGGGGCACCCCUGCCUGACGAACAGAGAGACAGACACAUGCACGGACGGAUAGACAGACGGACGGAUACAGGAGAGCGACACACGGACCCAGCGAUAGACAGGGAGAGAUAUAAAGAGGGAGGGACUAUGCCCGAUAGCCAGAGAAAGAUAGGUGUUUAGAGAGGAGAGAUGAAUAAAAUCAAAAGAUGAAAUGAAUUAAAAAGAGGAAUAAGAUUAAAAGAAACUUGAGAACAGAGACCAGAUGCCAGGCCAGAAGAGACACUGAUUGAAGAUGGAGGAAAGGAGGGAUGGAGAGAUGGAGGGGUGGUGUCCUUCUAGUGUGUCUUGGCAGGAGGUGCAGCCAGCUCCUCAUCUGUUAAAACAGAUCCCGCUUCAGAUAGGUUUAAACAACAUGGGCAAUAUUAUUCACCAUGUAGGGUGAGCCUUACUGCUGUUGUUUACAUCUGUCCACAGAUGGGUUCAGAUCUGGUGUAGAGGGGUGAGGCUGGCUGGACUUAUCUGUGUUUCUUGAGACACACUAGCAGGGGCCCAUUUGCCCCUCUGGUGUCCCCUAGAGACCUCUCCAACCAUCUGCAGUCAGUCCUAUAUUUUAAGGGUGGUUUUUUAAACACAGAGAUAUAUGUAUAGAAAUGUUUUAUUCAGAGCUAUUAUUGAUAAUAUGCAGUGAGGCGGAGCUGGGAGAGGGAGCAGGGAAACUGCUGCAGUGGCACAGAGCGAUAGGUCACAGGUCUGGCGCGAGCCUCACCCAGCCCUAUCCCCUGUCCCAAUGAGAGUCUGGAGGAGGGGCCGCAGAUGUUAACACUGCUCUUUAAAGAGCUCUCUGAAUAGCAGAGAGUAGAAAAAAAGAGAGAAAAAAGAAGAAAAUAUGAGGUUGUAAAUAUAUAAUCGUCAUGUCAAUGUUAAGAAAUGCUGCGUCUGGCCGUCUUGCCUUUCUUGUUAAGGGGUCAUCUGUAUAUUACCCAGUUCCUCGUCUGUGAUAAUAUAGCAUAAUGUAGCCGACAACAAGGCCGGGGGCUGGGGAGGUACUGAGAAUCCCCUUCCACAUUUGGCUGUGUGACGGAAGGCGCAGCAAGAGACAGUAAGGGGAGCUGAGGUCGCAGCUGGUCCUGCAGUUCUAUUGCAGCGGCUUAGCUCACACAUGUAAAACCAUUAUAAAACAACUUUAAAAAAACAGCCAGCAGCUAUGCUAGUUGGCUAGCGACCCACACCUUAAGUGGCAUAUUUUAUAUAUAUUAUAUAUAUAUGAUAUGUGAGUUAGCCCGGCCCCUUGGGUGAAUGUAUUGAAGGCAGGGAGUCAGGUGUGAGGUUUCGCUACACCUGUAUGAAACUCCUGCAGUGACAGACAGACAAGGUGUGUCUGAGACUUUCUGCUCAUUGCCUUCUUCUAGUGCUGGGUACUCAAGGCCAGUCUUGGACAGGAUGGCAUUCUCAAAACAGCCGGGGUUCCUAAGACCCUCCCUGCAUUAAAGUCAGCUUUGUUUCUGACAAACAUGGCCUCUAAUGCUUGUCAUAGUAAAGAAAGUCUGAGGCUGGCCUUGGCCAAGCAUGGGAACCAAAAAGCCGAAGUCUUCCAAAGCUCCUUGCCUUGAGCUCAGAGAAGGUAAAAUCAGAAUGAAGGGGAGCAGCUUCCUCGUUCUCUCUCCCAAUCUGCCGAAGGCCUGUGGGCGGAGCCUCCAGACCCUGCCUGCGUAUGAUAAUGAGGGGUGGGGUCUAUGCCUGGACGCUCUCGCCAAGAUUAGAACAGAUUAGAGAAGAAAUGAAAAAGAAAAAACCUACCUCAGGGUAAAGUUACCUCAGUAUUCCUAACUUUUUCUUUGCUUGCUGGUGUUUUAUAUAAGAAGAAAAAAAGAAAAGAAAAGAAGAGCUCAUAGUCCUGAAUAUUUUUAUUUUUUUAAGAAAAAAAGUAUUUUUUUUUAGGUAUUGUCUUGUUGCUUUGGUAAUUUUUUUCUGUUUUUUUUGGUGUGAUGAUGGUUGAAUGAGCUCAGGAUGACGAAGAGGCAGUGUUUUUUUUCAUAGUGGGGGGAGAUAAAAUGCUGAGAAGAAAUGGGUUGUGUGCCAUUUUGCCUUUUUUAGGUGAGAAAACAUGCUCUCUGUCUUCCUGAAGUGUGAUUGGAGCAGCCGUUGACUGAAACGGAAAAUUGGCCAAUGGGGAGUGGUAUUUACUCAAGAGUGGGUCCUAAAGUGCACAUGGUGACUGAACAUGCCACUGGGAUAUCUUUUUACUGGGCUCAUGUCAUCAUUGGGGUGUAACUAAUGAUUAUCAUACAGAAUGACGGGCACAUUCAGACAAACUCAUCCUCAGGUCGCAUUCAGUCACUGCGAAUCCCUUUUCUUGUGGCUACUGGCCCACCCUGAGGGACCCUCCUCUCCUGCCUUAUUGUGAUGACAUCAUCAUGAUGCGCCAAACAUUACGAGAGGGCUUUAAGUGUUCAAAAUAACGAUAAAAGUUUUCUCACCCUUAAAGAGGACAUGUGAAAGUAAGCUUUCAAGCCAAAUUUCACCCAGUCUGUUUUACCUUUCUUACCUAGAGGUUGGGAACUUCAGAUCAGAGUUGUGUUGAACGCUGCAGCAGUGGUCCAUCUACAGCAUAACUGUAAAUGGACACAGGAGAGGGCAUUCUACCUGCACACACAUCUAGCUCUGACUUUCUGAAUGUGAAUAUUUAUUACCUGUGCACUGACCACGACACCUCAGAUGCUCCCUGUUGGCUACAUGUGUGCUUGGUGUGUGAGUGUGAGUGUGUGAAUGUGAGUGUGAUUGAGAGUGAAAGUGAAGGCAAGUGUGUGUGCGUGUUUGUGUUCACUGGUUUUAAAUGUUCAUUUUUGUCAGGGGAUGUGGUUGGGUGAAACUUGUAAAAAAGCAGAAAAAAGUAGGACGAGAACCUAUGGCCCUCUAUCUGUGUUCCAACUGAGUGAGGAGGGAGAAAUCCAAGAUCCUUUUGAAAAAAUGGGAGCAAAAAAAAGAAAAACAAGAGAGUUUAAAACAACCAUAACUCAGCUGAAUAAUAGAUUAAACCUGUACAUAAAAUGUUAAAAAAGGUGAUCAAGAUACUUUUGUAUUUUUGGAGAAAAAAGCAUAAAAAAUCAGAGUGGGAAACGCCUUUGAGAGAAAAAAGAUUAUGCCAAGCCAAGUCACUGAAGGACACUGCCAGAUAACUCAGUCUUUUUAUUGUCUUACCUGCGCUCGGCAACAUACACAUUGCCAACCUUCAUCGGCUAUCCCACCAGCUCACCAUCAGACAGGGAAAAGUCUAUUCUAUCUAUGCUUCCAUUUUUGUCCAGAGGUGGUAACUUCACAGCUUGACAUGGGUGUCAGGUUCCCACCUCUUUCCAAACCAUAGAGCUCUGUUCACAACCACCAAGACAUUUAGGAUUUGUUAUUCAGCCUGCAACCAUUUGAAUUGGUUAGGAUUCAUGUGUUUUAUUUUAAUUUUUGGUUUUAUUUAGUUUUGACAAUACAGCAAGCUUUAUUUGGAUAUGACAUCUGGGGACGUAUUGUUGCACUAAUUGAUGAAAUAUGUCGACAACGUCAAACUAUCGAAACGACCGAGAAUCUCCUGUAACACCUGAUGCAGUUCUUAAAAGAAAAAGGUGGAAGCGACGGGAGGAGGAGGAGAAGGAAGCACAGGAGGAGGGGAGAAAGGAGGGGAGGUGGUCAAACUUUGGGGACGGGAUGUAGUGAGACCUCUCCCUCCCAUUCGAUCAACAACUAAAUUCCACCAACUUCUCUCCUGUUUCUUCUCUUCUCCUCUGUGCUCUAGGAGAAGAGUGAGAUGCUUUUAUUUACUUUUAUUGAAAAGAAAUCAUUUCAUUUUUGGAGCGGGCAGGAACGUCAGGGUCCCUCGCCCUCUCUUGCGCUGGUCUCCACCGUGUUUGUUUCGCUCACUUCUGUUCAAGACCUUUCUAUUUCUUACUUAAACCAGCUUUUUUUUUUCUUACUAUCAUUCUGACUCUCUUUUUGGAAAAAUGAAAAUAGUUGAAUUUGAUAAUGUUAUGUUCUUUUGUUUUUGAAUGCACAAAUCUAUUAACAAAACAGUUACUAAAUAUGCUGAACUACUAACAGGUAGGCCAGUUCAUGACAGUAACUGUGCCAAACACACAGGAAGGGGCUCAGUCCAAAAUGCAGCAUAGAACCAUUCUGAGCAAAUAACUUGAAAUACUCAACUUAAGGUCUUAAGAUAACUUCAGUUGUAUUUCAGAAUGAAAGUUGCUAUAUUCACAUGGUGGUAUCUCAUUUUGGAACUGAACUCUUCUCAUCUUGUUUUUCUAUUUACAGUAGAGACAGUAGAGAGAAUACAUUUUAAGGUUGUUGCGUCAUGUCACAGCAAAAGAAACUGAGACACACACCAUGCUAUCUGUGACAGUAAGAGAAGCUCACGUAAAUCUUUGCCUGCAUCCUGACAUGGACAGAAAUGAGUAGAUCUUUAUGUUUCAUCUGGUUUUCCUCUUUGCUGUGAGGUAACCGGAUCUGGAUCACUUCUGCACCCAUAAGUAAACACUGUCCUUUUUAUGCAAGUUGAGUGAUAUAUUGAUAAGUUGUAUCAGCUAGUGGACAGAGUUUGACAGUGUGAGGUGCCACACAGUGUACAAAAAACAAUAUUGUUGCCACACACUAAAAUUUAAGAAUCAAACUUCGAUGAUUUUGUUGUAUCAAGCUUAUUCCAAGACUGUUUUAUCCCAUGUAUUGUAAUUUGCUGUUAAAUAUUUACUGCUGACCAUUUUCUAAAACACAUCAUAUAUCAUUUAUGUUCUAAAACAUACCAUCAGAUUUAGAUUUGUGAGAGUUAAUCUGUUGGUUUUCAUUCAUUUUACUACGUUAUGAAAACCAGCUGAACUUGAUUCUGGAGUUAGAUCAUGGAUCACAGUGAACAUGGCCAAAAAAAAAAAAAAAAAGUCAUGUUGGGUCCCUAGUGAGCACUAUUGCUAUUCUCUGGUGACUAUGGGUAUAUCAUGAUAAGUGACCCCUUUCACUUUCCCCAUAAUCAUUUGAUCCACAGUUAAUAUAAAAAUAUGAAUGAUUACAGCUUUAAGUGUCUGCAACAUGACAGCCGUAGUGUUAUGAAAUGCAUGGGAAGAAGUGGAAAAGCCCAUAAAUCUAAAAUACUAUGGCAUGCUUUAGAACAUGGUGAGCAUCACUGUAAAGUAUAUCCUGUUAAUGGGCAAAAAAAAAAAACUCACUGGUAAAGAUUGGAAUCUUGGAAAUUCCGGCUUUAAACUAUCUAUUCACUCAGUUUCUUGAUUUUGGCAGCAGAGCAGAACUUUGCUUUCUAGACCAUACAGCAGGUAGUUCAGCCCCGACAGAUGACAGACAGAAAACAGACAGGACAGUCUUCAAACUCUUGCAAGGACAGUUUGCUGUCAAACAGUGCAAACUCCUCCAUGUCAUGUAUCCCCCCAUCCCUCAGCAGCAAUGGCUCAGAGUCUCAACAUAUUUGAAACUGAGCAGAGACCUGGCAGAGGGACCUGCUACCUAGACGAAACAAAAAAACCUCGACACAUAACUAGGAACGCUACCUCAGAACAUAAGCAAACUCAGCUAGAAGAUUGUUUCUUUUAUUUUCUUUUAUUACAAACAGACAAGAGCAAACAGUCAGUCAGCAGGACAGACGUGCAGACAGAAAGGAUGGACAGUCUAUGUUACAGUCACAAUUUUUUUUUUCUCUUUCCACUUUUUAAUUUAUUUCUUGGUAUUUGAUUUAUAAAUUUUACCUCUCCAGCUCACAGAUGGGACUGUAAAAACGAGUAAAUUUAAUAAAAGGACAAAAAAAGAAAAAAAAAAAACCCCAAUAUGAAUACAUUGUGGUGCAGAGUGGUGAAGGCAGCUGGGAAGAGGAUUUUCUUCAUGUGGCGGGCAGGAUUUUCAGUAACCUGAUUGGUCCAGGGCCAAUCAUAACAGAGAGUUAACUGUUUAUAUUUUACAAAUUUACUGUUAAAAGCUGAUUCUAGUCAGUAAGCUCACUUUGUAUCACAACUUAAUGCCACAGUUUUUGACCUGCCUAGGACCACUAAAAUUACCCAUGAUCCUCUUUGAGCUCUGUCCUGCAGCUCCCCUUCCUGUGAGUUCAACUUCUGAAUCAAGGGGCCUGACACCUGUAACCAUGUAAUUGUUUUGUUGAUCUACCUCUUAGAAAAAAAAAUAGGUAAAUGGUAAUUUUUUUCAAAAUGGACACAAAAAUAAUAAAAACCAUUAAAAAAAAGUUGCUCGAAAGAAAUAUAGGUAAAUGAAUAACUGGGUAGCGGCAUCUCCAUAUACUGUAGUGGAUAGUCUAUUAAAGGAAAAAUCUUUUACUUCCAAAGAUGAUUUUGUUUUCUUUCUCCAUUCUUAGUUGUUUUUGAAAGGAUUAUGAAAUGGAAUAAUAAACUGACAGGGGGAGGCAAAAACAUACCCUUUGUUCUUAAUUUUCUUCUUUUAAAAACCCAACAUAAAUGAGAUUUCUUUAUCCAAUUUGCAUUUUCUUUUUUCUUCAUUUCAUUAAACUUACACAUUUUUUAAAAUUUCAAAAUAUUCCUCAUGUUUUAUUUUGGUUGACUUCUAAUUUUUCUCUCUUUUUUUUUAUGACAGCAGAUUGUAUCUCUUGUGUUUGGGUGCAUUUAGCAUUUUCUUUCUCUCUGUGAAAAGCCUACAGUUAGAGCGCCCUGUGAGGACCUGCUACACUGAUCAAUGAUCUAUUUUCACUUCUAAUGAGUUGUUUGAAAAAGCAAAAGGACCUGUUGUUUUAGCUGACUGUGUUGCUGCAUGUGGAAGGAGGGAGGCGCUGGAUCAUUUCUGUCCUCCUCAUAGUGCCCUGAGCUGGAUUCAGAUAGAUUCAUCUGAUCUGCACUCGACCCCAAAAGUGAAAAUUAAGAUCUCCAUGUGCUCCAGCUUGAAGCCAUACAGAGACUCUUAGCUAAUGUCCCAGCAACUUAGAUGCGAUGUGAGAGGGGCUGACUCUCCCUCCUUCCACUAGAUGGCGCCUUUGGUCUUCACUGUAUAUGGAAUUUCACCCUCUGCCUGCCUGAUUCCUUUAGUCCUCAUCAACACUUGUUUUAAACUCCUUGUAAACAAAACAGAGCAUAGAUAUGAAUGUGUUAUUAAAAGAUGAGAAAAUGGA